UUUAUUCUCGUAACGGUUUUCGUCGUAUAGUUGUAUAACCAUUUAAUACUGACAGCUAGAUAUAACGUUUCAUUCAGUGAGACAAUUCGUUAUAUGUGUAUCCAUACGUGACAUUCGGUUCUUGAAAUAGUCAUUGUUUAGUAUUAGCAUUGUAGUAGCGAGUUGACAGGCCAAUAACGCAAUGUGUUUUGAACCGUUAAUAUUCAAAUAUGAUUGACUAGUGAAUAAAUGCCCGCAGAAAAAGAAGGAUAUAGCAAAGCUGUUCGGAUAACGUAACAUAAGAAUGCAAGUUCCUUUUUACCAGAUGUCACCGGGGAAAGUUUGUGAAUUAUUUUACCAUAUAUAGUGAGAUAGGGAAAGAUGGGACACCUUUUCAUUCUAUUUUCUUGUCCCGUUUCGCAGUAAACAAAGAGUCUUAAAAUUGUAUCCUCACGACUUCCAUAGACCGCUGUUCCAGCUACGCAUCGCAUAAACGCUGUUGUUAGCAUAAGCCUUUCGUAAUAAAACAACAGUUUCUAUACCUAAACUGGUUUCGGUUUUCCUGGUGUAUAUACUAACUUACCAACUAAUUAGGUUUCUCAUAGGUAACCACACAAAAUGCACGAGAAAAAUACAACCUGUGUUUCGUCUUGUCUUGGAAACAUUGCAAUUAAAAUGGCCGUGAUUUGUGCGCUCAGCUUCACUUUAAGCUCUUUCGUUGUAGUGAGAAUGAAGAUGAACAAGCAAGAGGAAAACAUCGACGGAGAUGUUGUUAUCACUCAACUGUUACUCGCACCACUGUUAUUAUUAUUCGUUUUCGUUCGAAACCCAAAUGUUUUGUUUUGUUCGACUUCUCUUUGCUUGGGAAUUCUUUCCAUGUUAUUGACUACGCUGAGCAGACAUUACUGGCAGCAUUCUGACGCCACAGCGCCUUACAAAGUAAGCGCGAUGACGUCACUAGCUGCUUACGUCAUCACCAGUUUGGUAUCAACAUUGCAACCCGAGCAAAGCUCAAAAAUAACCAGCACACGAAGGUUGAAAACUAUUAUCGCCUGGCUACAAACAACACUGUUUCUCGGAUAUAUACUAUCGAUAUCAGCUUACCAAGAUCACACGAAUCUCAUUAGUCUACCAAAUGUAUUUGCUUUAUUAACGUUCGUGGGUUUUCUUUUCUUUGCAAUAGUUGUUGCAUACGAAGAAUUUAACCAACCGAGCAUUUCAAAAGGGUUGUUAAACGAAAAUAUUAAAACUGUCUUGCGAGGUACUGUUGCUUUAAACUUCGCUGUGUUAAUUGGAUUAUGCAUUUUGGAUCCUGAACCUUCUAGAGGUCCUUACACUGCGAUUCGGUAUUUACCACCAAGAGGGAUUUUACUCAGCACUGCAACGGUGUGGAUUUCUUACUCGUUUUUUUGCGAAGCUCGCACGAUUGUAAGGUAUUCAGCGGGAAAGGAAAUUGGAGUUAAGAUUAAAAAAAUAGUUUUUUUACAAGCUUUACUGGUCACAGGAUGCGGCAGUUUAUCAUUACAAGCAGCUGUAACACAAUCAUACAGUGUUGCAUACGUCAUGUGUUUGGUAUCCUAUACAUGUUUUAUCACAAUCGGGUGGUUUUGUGUGAGUUUGUUACGUCACAAUAACAGAGAGAAAGAAGUUUGUGACGUACGAGGUGCUGAGAUAGCAAUGAUAAAGAUGGAAUUUGCAUCUUUAGUUAAUGCAUUGGCAUUAAGAGCAACUGUUCAGGCAACAAUGUAUACAGUAGACCCAAUGUCAUAUUUUCCCAGCUAUUUCAACUUAUACAUGACUAUGGUCGGGUUGACGCGGUAUGUUCUUAUAAGAUGGGUGGUCGAAUACACGCUUGUACGAAGCACUGUUUUACUUAUGUGUUAUGCGUUUCGACGGUAAAAAAACAGCAAGUGAUAUCGUAAACACAUCACAUUAAAGUCGCAUUAAUGCCUUUUUCAAAUGUGUUUUUAAAACACUUGAAUACGAAUUUGAAAGAGCCCUUUAUAAAAGGAAAACACAAAUAUUUAAAUCAUUGUUUUCUAUAUAUACACAUCGUUUUAAAGUCGUAUGCAUUUCAAAUGUUUUAAAAACACUAAGAACCGCUUCAUUUAAAAAGCCCUUUUAAAAAGGAAAAACACGCCUUUAAAUUACUGUGUUUUUUUAAUGUCACGUUAUAAUACGGACGAGUUCUGUAUCUUCUAGCUUGGCCGAAUCUCACAAAUUAAUUGCAAGAAGGACCACCAAGUUUUAUAGAAUACUAAUGUUACUUCGAUUACUGCAUUUUUAUAUUUGUAUGUGUUUUUUUAAAACGGUGUAUGCAUUGGCUGCUUUGAAGGUACACUGUGUAAUUUGUUUAUGUUGGGACUUAUAAUGGGAACCAGAAAUCACGAUGCUGCUGCUUGAGUUAUAAAAUGGCGGGGUAAGAUGGGACAUGUUUUUAUCCUCUUUUCCCCAUUUGGUGGUAAACAAAGAAUGUUAUCAGAAUAUAAAACCGUAUUCGCACGACUCUAUAAGAGCGUUGUUAUUUGUUAAAAACACGAUUGGAAAUAUGGGGUAUUAUCUGCUAACAGUAUCCAUCUUACCCCACAGUACUAUAUUUACGUUUUUUAAUGUGUUUUUUUUUGUGGAACGCUGUGCCAAAAUUACAGAUCAAAAUAUAACCAAGACGUUUA